AUGGACGUCUCAAGCAACCGACUCUUCCGCUUCUCAAAGCCAGAAUGGCUCAAUAACUCCGCCGUCCGAAACACAGGAGUUUACGUCUCCGGCGCACUGUUCGCGGCCGGAUUCUUCUUCCUAAUCGACGUCGCCUCAUUCUCCCACAGCCCCCGCAAUGGCUCAGACGUGCAUAUCAAGUUCGUCGACUGGAUUCCCGGCAUCUGCUCGGCGCUGGGUAUGCUGGUGAUCAACUCGAUCGAGAAGUCGCGGCUGCAGGCCGAUAGCUUCAGCUACAGCGGUAGCGGGGUUGCGUGGAAGGCGCGCUUUGUGCUUUUCCUUGGGUUUGCUUUGUUGGCUGGUGGACUUGCGGGCAGUGUUACGGUUAUGGUUCUCAAGUAUCUUAUUAAGGAUUAUCCGAUUCAGACGCUAUACUUUGGUAUUGCGAAUAUUGUUGCCAAUGGUCUGGUUAUGCUGAGUUCUAUUGUUCUCUGGGUUUCUCAGAACAUCGAGGACGAUUAUACCUACAAUCUCGCAUUGUAA